AUUCACUAUAUCUGGACUGCCACAGUACACACAACAGGAAAAUGCAAUUAUUUUUAGUAAAUAUAAACUGCUAAAUACCUUCUUGUGACUUCUAUCAGUGUCCAGCAGAGCACUGCUUAAAGCUUUUAGGAGGAGUUUUCAUUCUCCUGUAGGAGGACACAGGACCCCUGACCUCUGUCUAGACAGGGCUGAUUGACCUUGUCCUGAACACAUGCACUCUCCCUAGAAAAACAAAAACCUCUCUAGCAAUACACACCAAACUGAGCAUGUGCAAAAUGCCUAAGGUUCAGUCUAUCUUAUCAGGAGAUAAGAGGUGGUCCCUUGAAAAAAGGGAGGAACAAAGAAGAAAGGAUCAAAAGCCUUUUUACACAAUGCAGAAGAUUAACCCCUCAGGUUCCACAGUGAGUAUAACAAGCAUAUACAGGUUGAUUUUACUGUUGUGGGUUUAG